AUGACUACAACUGCUACCGCUGCUCCAGUUUACCAGCAUCUUCCCUCUCUUGAGGCACCCAAGCUGAAGCAAUCACAGCAAUCCAAAUCCUAUGUACAUUUCAUUGCAGGAGGUGUUGGAGGACUCGCAGGUGCUGUAUGUACCUCACCCUUGGAUGUGGUAAAGACAAGAUUACAGUCUACUUUCUAUCAGCAAACAAUGAGACAACCAAACAUACAUAGAAGCGGGUUUAUUCUAGGCCAUUUUGUAGAAACUGGAAAGCUGUUGAUGCGUAUCAACCAAGUUGAAGGAUUUCGUGGAUAUUUCAAAGGCUUAGGGCCCAACUUGGUGGGUGUCAUUCCUGCCAGAUCAAUCAAUUUCUUCAUGUAUGGAAACGGAAAGAAAUGGUAUACCGAGCUGAAUGGUGGGAAAGAGACAGUCGGUGUACAUUUAAUAUCUGCAGCUACUGCAGGUAUUGUUACUUCAACAGCAACUAAUCCUAUUUGGGUCAUUAAAACUCGCUUGCAACUACAAGGAGCAAACGGCUUGCGUAAAUAUUCUGGUAGUGUGGAUUGCUUAUUGAAAAUCGUACGCCAGGAAGGUUUUGGUGGCCUUUACAAGGGCAUGAGUGCCUCUUAUUUGGGCGUUGCAGAGGGCACAAUUCAAUGGGUCAUUUACGAGAAUCUAAAAAAGAAGUGGAGCGUACCCAAAGACGAUCUUGGACUGAAUCAGAAAAUGUAUGGUGGCAAGACAUUGCAAGAUUGGGCUGGUCACUUGGGAGCGGCCGCAACCUCCAAAUUUGUAGCAGCAUGUAUUGCCUAUCCUCAUGAAGUAAUUCGCACUAGACUUAGACAGCCAGCAGAGAAUGGCGUGCGUAAAUAUACCGGCCUGUGGCAAUGCUUGCGUCUGGUUGCCAAAGAGGAGGGUAUUGUGGCAUUAUAUGGCGGCAUGACAGCUCAUUUAAUGAGAGUCGUACCUAAUGCAGCCAUCAUGUUCUUUUGCUAUGAGGCCAUUGUUCAGAAAUACGAACACUCGCUGUAG